CUACGAACAGAACAAAAGUGUCAUUUGGGUUUCGAAUCCAUCCUCUGCCGUCGGAAUGCGGAGAUUAGUCAGCAUCGUCACUGCUCUGCGUGGUGGCUCUCCUCCGAUCUUGCUCCGCAAACCAUAAAACUUUGGGUGGUCCGAGCGCCCGUCGCAUCAACAGGCAUCGCGUCAUCCUCAAUGAGCUUCCGACAACACAGAAAACACCUCAGCCCGUCUUCGAUCAACCCACCACCAUCCGUCAAUCAGACCGAUUCCUUCCCAUCAAAGACUACACCAGAGACCACACCUUCCCGUGCUACACUCCUCAGCGACUCCGAGGCGGCAGGCAGCACAGUCGCGCAACGCCCAUCCCUCACGACCUGCGAAACUUCUUUACGAUACAAGCACAACAUCCGCGCCCCCAAAACCCAAACCCAAAACAAAAACAUCGAAAAGAAAGAAAAAAAGAUGUCCGAACCAAUCCCCGAAUCCAUCCCCACCUCCGCCGACCCCCGCAGCCACCGGCCCCUAAAAAAAUCCCGCACAGCGGCCUCCCCCUCGACCAAAAACCCGCAAGCCGCCCAAGUAACAGCCCUCUUCGCAAAGCCCGACCGCCACAUCCACAUCCCUCCCUCGACGACCUCGACCUCCCUCUCCAAAACCCCCGCGCCCCCGGAAAUCGUCGCAAACGUGCAAGGCUCGAGCGCGGGCGCGGGAUCCGGCGAAUUCCACGUGUACAAAGCGAGUCGGCGGCGCGAGUACGAGCGGCUGCGGCUCAUGGACGAGGAGGUUUCGAAGGAGGAGCAGGAUCGGGUUGCGAGGGAGCGGAGGGAGGAGGUGGAGCGCAGGGAUCGCGAGAGGACGGAGAAGAAUCGCGAGAAGAGGGAGAAGGCUAGGUUGAGGAAGGAGAAGGGGAAGAUGAAGAUGAAGGGGGGGAAAGAGGGGAAUGGUGAGGGCGGGUUGAAGAAGAAGCUUGUGCCGAAUAGUGUUGGUAAGGGGGGUGUGGGAGGGGCUGAGGACGAUGCGAAGGAAGGGGGAGAAGGGGAGGGACGCACGGAUGAGGGUGGGGAGGUUAAGGGUGUGGCUGUGGAGCAGGAAGAGGUUGGGUUGGUUAUCGAGGAUGAUGAUUGAAAUCUUUCGUGUUCUUGUUGACUCGUAGACCCACACUUCUUUUCCCCUCCGUAGCAUCUUUAUCAGUUUUUUUCUGUGUACAGAUGUAAUUGUUUCUACUAUACCCAGCUUACCAAUAUCAUAAUUGGCUAUCCUUCGAGUAUGAGGUCGCAGAAUGUGCCACUUGUGACUGCUUUGGGACGGAACUU